AUGAAAAUUGAUCCUCUAGUCGCCACAGCCUCAGAUCUUCAAGGUCUACUCGGUGACAACCGAACCACGAGUGUCGAACUGGUGGAAUUAUAUCUUGACCAAAUCGAAAAGCACAAUCAAAAUGGGGCAAAAAUAGGUGCUAUUAUAUCUACACUAGCCAAGGAAGAAGCCUUGAAAAUCGCACAUCAGCUUGACGAUGAGCGAGCUGAGAAAGGUUCACGGGGCCCAAUGCAUGGAAUUCCAGUGAUCGUUAAGGACGUCUUUCUCACCCCAAGCUUGGGUCUAAAAACGAGCUGCGGGUCUUAUGCCUUGAAGGACCUCCAAGCUACCAAAGACGCACGCGUAAUAGAUGCUCUUGUUGCGGCAGGCAUGAUCGUGAUAGGAAAGGCAAAUCUUUCGGAAUUGGGAAAUUAUAAAGGGUACAAAAUACCCGCAGGAUGGUCAGCAGUGGGAGGUCAGGUGCAAUCCCCAUAUGUCCGAGGUGGUAUUCUACCAGAUGCCCUUCCACUUGGUCAUAGCACCCCAGCUGGCUCCUCUUCCGGGUCGGCGGCUGGAGUAGCGUCAGGAUUCUCUCCUAUCUCUAUCGGAACCGAGACAGACGGCUCCCUCGUACAGCCAGCAACGCGUGCUGCACUCUACGGUAUGAAAGGGACACUUGGAUCAGUCGAUACAUUCGGCGUUCAGCCAAUCUCUCCAGUUCUGGAUUGUAUCGGCGGCAUGGCAAAAUCGCCCAAGGAUCUGGCUAGCCUCUUCAAUGUUCUACAGCCAACAAGGAACUACGAAAAGUUUCUGACUGGAUCAUGGGAGAAUCUCAAAAUUGGAGUCGUUGACCCCUUGCAGUGGCAGCCUGCGGAUUUUAUAGUCGAGCCAAGAGAGGACUUCCUCAAUCAAUCGCUCACUGCUUUCCAUAACGCAAUCUCUGAGCUUACCUCUUCGGGGGGUCACAUAGUCGAGCCCGUUUCUCUAAUUCAAUUCCCCGAGAUUUUUGAAGGGGCGCCGGAUGGUAUCACAGAUACUUCGGACUUUAUGGCCCAUGACUUCCGGGAGGCAUUUGGAGCAUUUUUAAAACUCUACAACAGUCCCAGUAUGCAGACACUUCAGGAUCUCGUCCGAUAUAACGAACAACACCCAGACCUUGAGUUCCCUCCUGAAUCUCCUGGCCAAGAAGUGUUAUUGAAUGCGCUGGACAAUGCAAUGUCAGAUGAGACAUAUUCCUCGGGUUUGAAAUAUGUGCGGCAAAAGGCAGUUGAUUCGAUUUCCCAACUAUUUGAGGAGCACAGCAUCGAUAUAGUUAUCGGACCUUCAGAUGGUCGCAUGGCUAGUGUCGCUGCUGUGGCCGGGUUCCCCGUAGCUACGGUGCCGCUGGGGUUGGCGGACUUCAAUGGCCGCGCUUUCGGAGCCAACAUCAUUUCCACGGCAAAUAAUGAGGGCAAAAUCCUUCAGUUCAUGAGUAUCUGGGAGAAAACUUUCCCUAAUGUGAGGAUACCCCCUCCACUCCUCUCAAACUGGAAUAAUGCCUCGCACAUUUGA